GGAUCCGGACUCGUCCGCGAGCCUCCGCCUGUGUGCGGCGGGACUAGAGGAGCCUCGCGGAGCCCAGGGCGCGAGCGCGAGAGGAGAGGGAAGGCGGGGGAGGGCUGGAAGGGAGAGGAAGGGAGUGGUUGGGAGCCGGGCUGCCGCAGCCUCUGGUCUCCUCAGCCGCCGAAGCGACCCCUCCUCCUGCGCCUCGGCCGCCUCCCUCCUCGCUGAGGAAAGAUGCCCUUAGCCCAGGGGUGUGAAGAAGGGGGAGAAGUAGCUGCCAGAGCCGCCCGCGCCGCCGCCGCCGCAGCUGCUGCCGCUUGUGUCCUUUGAAUUCAGAGAAGCACCCCCCCCACCUGGGGCGUCGGGAGCCUCCGGCGCGGCGGCCGCGGUGCGGGUGUGGGGGAGACCGGGCUCUCUGCCCGGCGCGGCGCGGCUCGGCCCACGAGCGACCACCGACAUGGAGUGGGCUCGGGCGGCCAAGUAGCCGCUGCUCCGGAGCCCGGUGCCAGUGCCGCCUGCAGCCCGCCUUCCACCCCUGGCUGCGCCGCCGGUCAGGCCCUAGGGAGAAGCCGGGAGGAAAAUGAAGAGUUUUCACCGGAAUCCGUUGAAAAUAGGACUGACUGCAAAGCCUUAAAAAAGAAGGACCUCGGGAGGAGAAACGAAAAGCCGCCUCCGGGCAAGACUUGGCGUGCUCCGAGCCGAGGGGCUGCUUCAGGGACCUCGCCCCCUCCCUUUCCCGCUGGAGAAAUUGCCGCUGAUGCAUUAUCCAAGUGGUGGUUGGGAGGAUUUGCAGCAACAUUUUUGGUUUUCCCUCCCCCUUCUAUGCAUUCUGUUUUUUUCCUCUCUUUUCUGUUUUUCUUCUUCCCGGGAAGUGAAUUGCUGAUGCAAAUCGGACUUUAUUCAUUAAUGAUGCAACCGGAUUCGUUUCAGGAUUACGUUGCACGAGUUGAAUUUUGAAUGAAGGAGAAGAGUUUGUUUUUUUUUUUAAAGAAGUGUUGACUCUAGUUCAUUGUACUUCUAAUUAUUUUAUUUAAAUAUACGACUUAAUUGUAUUCUUUUAAAAAUGCAUUAAGUAUAUAUUUUAUGGUAAUUUACCCUCAAAAUAUAUGUAUAUGCGUGAAAUUGAAGACGCUUCAGUUAAGUGAGGUUACUGGUGUGUUGGAUGUUUAAUUCAGCACCAGCAUUGCAUGACAGUUGUUUGAAUAACAAGUGGUUUAUUUUUAAAACCAUACCUUUUAAAAUUUAGAAUCAGAUAAUAGUAAAAGUCAUCAUAAUAAUUUAAAGGAAAACCAGCAGAAAUCUAAGCAAACAUGUCUGGAGAAGUGCGUUUGAGGCAGUUGGAGCAGUUUAUUUUGGACGGGCCCGCUCAGACCAAUGGGCAGUGCUUCAGUGUGGAGACGUUACUGGAUAUACUCAUCUGCCUUUAUGAUGAAUGCAAUAAUUCUCCAUUGAGAAGAGAGAAGAACAUUCUCGAAUACCUAGAAUGGGCUAAACCAUUUACUUCUAAAGUGAAACAAAUGCGAUUACAUAGAGAAGACUUUGAAAUAUUAAAGGUGAUUGGUCGAGGAGCUUUUGGGGAGGUUGCUGUAGUAAAACUAAAAAAUGCAGAUAAAGUAUUUGCCAUGAAAAUAUUGAAUAAAUGGGAAAUGCUGAAAAGAGCUGAGACAGCAUGUUUUCGUGAAGAAAGGGAUGUAUUAGUGAAUGGAGACAAUAAAUGGAUUACAACCUUGCACUAUGCUUUCCAGGAUGACAAUAACUUAUACCUGGUUAUGGAUUAUUAUGUUGGUGGUGAUUUGCUUACUCUUCUCAGCAAAUUUGAAGAUAGAUUGCCUGAAGAUAUGGCUCGAUUUUACUUGGCUGAGAUGGUGAUAGCAAUUGACUCAGUUCAUCAGCUACAUUAUGUACACAGAGACAUUAAACCUGACAAUAUACUGAUGGAUAUGAAUGGACAUAUUCGGUUAGCAGAUUUUGGUUCUUGUCUGAAGCUGAUGGAAGAUGGAACGGUUCAGUCCUCAGUGGCUGUAGGAACCCCAGAUUAUAUCUCUCCUGAAAUCCUUCAAGCCAUGGAAGAUGGAAAAGGCAGAUAUGGACCUGAAUGUGACUGGUGGUCUUUGGGGGUCUGUAUGUAUGAAAUGCUUUACGGAGAAACACCAUUUUAUGCAGAAUCUCUGGUGGAGACAUACGGAAAAAUCAUGAAUCACAAAGAGAGGUUUCAGUUUCCAGCCCAAGUGACUGAUGUGUCUGAAAAUGCUAAGGAUCUUAUUCGAAGGCUCAUUUGUAGCAGAGAACAUCGUCUUGGUCAAAAUGGAAUAGAAGACUUUAAGAAACACCCAUUUUUCAGUGGAAUUGAUUGGGAUAAUAUUCGGAACUGUGAAGCACCUUAUAUUCCAGAAGUUAGUAGCCCAACAGAUACAUCGAAUUUUGAUGUAGAUGAUGAUUGUUUAAAAAAUUCUGAAACGAUGCCCCCACCAACACAUACUGCAUUUUCUGGCCACCAUCUGCCAUUUGUUGGUUUUACAUAUACUAGUAGCUGUGUACUUUCUGAUCGGAGCUGUUUAAGAGUUACAGCUGGUCCCGCCUCACUGGAUCUUGAUGUUAAUGUUCAGAGGACUCUGGACAACAACUUAGCAACUGAAGCUUAUGAAAGAAGAAUUAAGCGCCUUGAGCAAGAAAAACUUGAACUCAGUAGAAAACUGCAAGAGUCAACACAGACUGUCCAAGCUCUGCAGUAUUCAACUGUUGAUGGUCCACUAACAGCAAGCAAAGAUUUAGAAAUAAAAAACUUAAAAGAAGAAAUUGAAAAACUAAGGAAACAAGUAACAGAAUCAAGUCGUUUGGAACAGCAACUUGAAGAAGCUAAUGCUGUGAGGCAAGAACUAGAUGAUGCUUUUAGACAAAUCAAGGCUUAUGAAAAACAAAUCAAAACGGUACAACAAGAAAGGGAAGAUCUAAAUAAGGAACUAGUCCAGGCUAGUGAGCGAUUAAAAAACCAAUCCAAAGAGCUGAAAGACGCACACUGUCAGAGGAAACUGGCCAUGCAGGAAUUCAUGGAGAUCAAUGAGCGGCUAACAGAAUUGCACACCCAAAAACAGAAACUUGCUCGCCAUGUCCGAGAUAAGGAAGAAGAGGUGGACCUGGUGAUGCAAAAAGUUGAAAGCUUAAGGCAAGAACUGCGCAGAACAGAAAGAGCCAAAAAAGAGCUGGAAGUUCAUACAGAAGCUCUAGCUGCUGAAGCAUCUAAAGACAGGAAACUACGUGAGCAGAGUGAGCACUAUUCCAAGCAACUGGAAAAUGAAUUGGAGGGACUGAAGCAAAAACAAAUUAGUUACUCACCAGGAGUAUGCAGCAUAGAACAUCAGCAAGAGAUAACCAAACUAAAGACUGAUUUGGAAAAGAAAAGUAUCUUUUAUGAAGAAGAAUUAUCUAAAAGAGAAGGAAUACAUGCAAAUGAAAUAAAAAAUCUUAAGAAAGAACUGCAUGAUUCAGAAGGUCAGCAACUUGCUCUCAACAAAGAAAUUAUGAUUUUAAAAGACAAAUUGGAAAAAACCAGAAGAGAAAGUCAAAGUGAAAGGGAAGAAUUUGAAAGUGAGUUCAAACAACAGUAUGAACGAGAAAAAGUGUUGUUAACUGAAGAAAAUAAAAAGCUGACGAGUGAACUUGAUAAGCUUACUACUUUGUAUGAGAACUUAAGUAUACACAACCAGCAGUUAGAAGAAGAGGUUAAAGAUCUAGCAGACAAGAAAGAAUCAGUUGCACAUUGGGAAGCCCAAAUCACAGAAAUAAUUCAGUGGGUCAGCGAUGAAAAGGAUGCACGAGGGUAUCUUCAGGCCUUAGCUUCUAAAAUGACUGAAGAAUUGGAGGCAUUAAGAAAUUCCAGCUUGGGUACACGAGCAACAGAUAUGCCCUGGAAAAUGCGUCGUUUUGCGAAACUGGAUAUGUCAGCUAGACUGGAGCUGCAGUCGGCUCUGGAUGCAGAAAUAAGAGCCAAACAGGCCAUCCAAGAAGAGUUGAAUAAAGUUAAAGCGUCUAAUAUCAUAACAGAAUGUAAACUAAAAGAUUCAGAGAAGAAGAACUUGGAACUACUCUCAGAAAUCGAACAGCUGAUAAAGGACACUGAAGAGCUUAGAUCUGAAAAGGGUAUAGAGCACCAAGACUCACAGCAUUCUUUCUUGGCAUUUUUGAAUACGCCUACCGAUGCUCUGGAUCAAUUUGAAGAUUCCUUUUCUUCUUCCUCAUCUUCACUGAUUGAUUUUUUGGAUGACCGCUCUCCAUCCUGUACUCCAGCUAGCAAAGGCAGACGUACUGAUCCCGUUGAGAACACAUAUGUAUGGAACCCGAGCGUCAAGUUUCACAUCCAGUCACGGUCCACAUCUCCUUCCACAUCUAGUGAAGCUGAGCCAGUUAAGACUGUAGACUCCACUCCACUUUCAGUUCACACACCAACCUUAAGGAAAAAAGGAUGUCCUGGUUCAACUGGCUUUCCACCUAAGCGCAAGAUGCACCAGUUUUUUGUAAAAUCUUUUACUACUCCUACCAAGUGUCAUCAGUGUACCUCCUUGAUGGUGGGUUUAAUAAGACAGGGCUGUUCAUGUGAAGUGUGUGGAUUCUCAUGCCAUAUAACUUGUGUAAACAAAGCUCCAACCACUUGUCCAGUUCCUCCUGAACAGACAAAAGGUCCCCUGGGUAUAGAUCCUCAGAAAGGAAUAGGAACAGCAUAUGAAGGUCAUGUCAGGAUUCCUAAGCCAGCUGGAGUGAAGAAAGGGUGGCAGAGAGCACUGGCUAUAGUGUGUGACUUCAAACUCUUUCUGUACGAUAUUGCCGAAGGAAAAGCAUCUCAGCCCAGUGUUGUCAUUAGUCAAGUGAUUGACAUGAGGGAUGAAGAAUUUUCUGUGAGUUCAGUCUUAGCUUCUGAUGUUAUUCAUGCAAGUCGGAAAGAUAUACCCUGUAUAUUUAGGGUCACAGCUUCCCAGCUCUCAGCAUCUAAUAACAAAUGUUCAAUCCUGAUGCUAGCAGACAGUGAGAAUGAGAAGAGUAAGUGGGUGGGAGUGCUGAGUGAAUUGCACAAGAUUUUGAAGAAAAACAAAUUCAGAGACCGCUCAGUCUAUGUUCCCAAAGAGGCUUAUGACAGCACUCUACCCCUCAUUAAAACAACCCAGGCAGCCGCAAUCAUAGAUCAUGAAAGAAUUGCUUUGGGAAACGAAGAAGGGUUAUUUGUUGUACAUGUCACCAAAGAUGAAAUUAUUAGAGUUGGUGACAAUAAGAAGAUUCAUCAGAUUGAACUCAUUCCAAAUGAUCAGCUUGUUGCUGUGAUCUCAGGACGAAAUCGUCAUGUACGACUUUUUCCUAUGUCAGCAUUGGAUGGGCGAGAGACCGAUUUUUACAAGCUGGCAGAAACUAAAGGGUGUCAAACCAUAACUUCUGGAAAGAUGCGCCAUGGAGCUCUCACAUGCCUGUGUGUGGCUAUGAAAAGGCAGGUCCUCUGUUAUGAACUAUUUCAGAGCAAGACCCGUCACAGAAAAUUUAAGGAAAUUCAAGUCCCAUAUAAUGUCCAGUGGAUGGCAAUCUUCAGUGAACAACUCUGUGUGGGAUUCCAGUCAGGAUUUCUAAGAUACCCCUUGAAUGGAGAAGGAAGUCCAUUCAGUAUGCUCCAUUCAAAUGACCAUACACUAUCAUUUAUUGCACACCAACCAAUGGAUGCUAUCUGCGCAGUUGAGAUCUCCAGUAAAGAAUAUCUGCUGUGUUUUAACAGCAUUGGGAUAUACACUGACUGCCAGGGCCGAAGAUCUAGACAACAGGAAUUGAUGUGGCCAGCAAAUCCUUCCUCUUGUUGUUACAAUGCACCAUACCUCUCGGUGUACAGUGAAAAUGCAGUUGAUAUCUUUGAUGUGAACUCCAUGGAAUGGAUUCAGACUCUUCCUCUCAAAAAGGUUCGACCCUUAAACAAUGAAGGAUCAUUAAAUCUUUUAGGGUUGGAGACCAUUAGAUUAAUAUAUUUCAAAAAUAAGAUGGCAGAAGGGGACGAACUGGUAGUUCCUGAAACAUCAGAUAAUAGUCGGAAACAAAUGGUUAGAAAUAUUAACAAUAAGCGGCGUUAUUCCUUCAGAGUCCCAGAAGAGGAAAGAAUGCAGCAGAGGAGGGAAAUGCUACGAGAUCCAGAAAUGAGAAAUAAAUUAAUUUCUAAUCCAACUAAUUUUAACCACAUAGCACACAUGGGUCCUGGAGAUGGAAUACAGAUCCUGAAAGAUCUGCCCAUGCCAGGUUUCCCUUAUCCAUCCCCUCAUCAUCACUCCGGUCUGAUCUCCUCUCCGAUCAACUUUGAACACAUCUAUCACAUGACUGUUAAUUCUGCUGAAAAAUUUCUCUCUCCUGAUUCCAUAAACCCUGAAUAUUCCCCGUCUCUACGCUCUGUCCCUGGUACACCAAGCUUUAUGACUCUGAGGAACCCUCGGCCUCAGGAAAGUCGGACAGUAUUCAGUGGCUCAGUCAGUAUUCCAUCUAUCACCAAAUCCCGCCCUGAGCCAGGCCGCUCCAUGAGUGCUAGCAGUGGCUUGUCAGCAAGGUCAUCCGCACAGAAUGGCAGCGCAUUGAAGAGGGAAUUCUCUGGAGGAAGCUACAGUGCCAAGCGGCAGCCCAUGCCCUCCCCAUCAGAGGGCUCUUUGUCCUCCGGAGGCAUGGACCAAGGAAGUGAUGCCCCAGCGAGGGACUUUGAUGGAGAGGACUCUGACUCUCCGAGGCAUUCCACAGCUUCCAACAGUUCCAACCUAAGCAGCCCCCCAAGCCCAGUUUCACCCCGAAAGACCAAGAGCCUCUCCCUGGAGAGCACUGACCGCGGGAGCUGGGACCCGUGAGCUGCCUCAGCACUGGGACCUCUCGCUCUCCACUCCCUGCCACUUGCCUCCUCUCACUUUCAUCUCUUCCCUCCACCUCGGCCUGAAAGCCACCAGGGGCUGGCAGCAGUAGCAGGACAAGGAUUCAGGAGUUCUGACGACACGACUCUCAGAUCCACGCCCCCAGCCUAACAGCAACAACAAAGACAGACUUUCCGUAGCAGCUUAGAUUAAUGUUGAUUUCAUUCCAUGCACUUAGAGUUGCUUUCAGUAACAUUUUACCCCUACUCCCAAAGGUAGCUUAAAUAGACAGAUUACACAAAUGUAAGUGAUAAGAAUAAGAUUAGACAGAUUUUGCUUUCACAGUAGAGUCUCAUUAUAGUCCUAAAAUAGCUCAUGGGAUUCUCCGCAUCCAGAAGGGAGAAUCCGUCCCUGGAGUGGCUCACUAAGCUCUUAAUCAGCAACCACAGUGAGUAUCAACCUGAUUGUUGCCAGGAAAUCCUUAUGAAUUAAAACAACGCAUAUUUUACUACAGUACAGAGUUUAAAUGAAUACAUAAAUGUAGAAGUACUGAGUGUAUAUAUUUAAAAGGAGCCUCUUGUAUUCAACAAAAGAUGGAUGCAUAUAUAAGAGAGAUGAUUUAAUUUAAAUAUGUUGUUUCUCGUCUGUUUCCCAGCUAAGUAAUGUAAAGGGUAGAAAGGCCUCAAGCUCACAUUUUUAGAGGGAGAGCGAGAGAAAUCAGAGUUCCCUUUAUUGCCCUGUCCUCAAACUGGUUAUAGGCUCUUGUCACCUGGGGAGCUUUAGAAAACAUUUGCAGACCCUGGUUUUGCUGGUUUGGGGUGUGCCCUGGGCACCAAGCUUUAACAUUUGAAGCCACUUCAGCAGCAGCAGCAAAAGGCAAACUCAUCUCUACCCAAGAUGUUUCGUUUCCUAGUGGUGGAAUUUGAACACUUCUCACUUUUUAUUGUAUUUUAUCUUCCGCAGAUAAAUGUAGAAAUACACGAUUCUGUCACCUCUGAUCCCUUCCGGCUGAAAGGGUACAAGGAGUGUUGUAGCUUCUGAAGGUGCAGAAAAUGAUUUCUAAAAAUGCUUUUAUUCCUGGGCUAAUCCUGUCCCUCCCUAAGUCACAGUGAGGUGUCUGUCCCAGGGCUGGAGACACUUCCCAAGGAGGAGUCUGUUUUGUUGACAGUGGGCGUGAGCUUCUUCAGAUAAGCCUGGGGAAGGAAGAAAAAAAGGCUUUCAUUACCAAAUAAUGUAAAACCUCAAAAGCAGGGGCUUGAACAGCCUUAACCAAAUAUUAUUCCCCAUAGCCAGUGGAAAAUGGAUGUGACAACCCCAGUGCGCAGGCCAGAGUGAGCCCAGCACAGCGCUCGGACUGGCUUCCUCUCUCAGGUGCUGGAUUGUGGGGUUAGUGGCAUUUCCAGCUGGAUUCCUCCUGUUGUAGUUGCCAUAAGGAAAUGAGAUGCAGAAUCAGACGGAUCUAUUUCUACAGAAUCAAAGCACAUGAGUAGAGAAAGAGAUAAAAAUAAAAGUAUCUCAUGAAGGAAA